AGUGUGCCCAUAUGGAAAGAAGCAGACCUGAGGGUGUCAGAGACCCUUGAGAACAUGAGCUGAGGUCAGAGGCUGAGAGGGAGGCUGACACCACCUGGAGCUGCAGCCUCCACGGACCGCUUCCUACUUCCUACUUCCGGAACAAGACUAUGCCCACUCAGGGGCCCCAGAAGAGGUUUCUGGGUUCUCUCAACUCCACCUCCACCCCUCACCUUGGACCGGUCUCCAACCAGACAGGGCCUUGGUGCCUGCAUGUGUCUAUCCCAGAUGGCCUCUUCCUCAUCCUGGGGCUGGUGAGUCUGGUGGAGAACGUAUUGGUCGUGAUAGCCAUCACCAAAAACCGAAACCUGCACUCUCCCAUGUACUGCUUCAUCUGCUGCCUGGCCCUGUCUGACCUGAUGGUGAGUGUAAGCAUCGUGCUGGAGACGACCAUCCUCCUGCUGCUGGAGGCAGGCAUUCUGGUGGCCCGCGCGGCUUUAGUGCAGCAGCUGGACGACAUCAUUGACGUGCUCAUCUGUGGCUCCAUGGUGUCCAGUCUCUGCUUCCUGGGCAUCAUUGCCAUAGACCGUUACAUGUCCAUCUUCUACGCGCUGCGGUAUCACAGCAUUGUAACACUGCCCCGGGCACGACGGGCCGUCGCGGGCAUCUGGGUGGUCAGCAUCGUCUCCAGCACCCUCCUUAUUACCUACUACAAACACACAGCUGUCCUGCUCUGCCUCAUCACUUUCUUCCUAGCCGUGCUGGCACUCAUGGCAAUCCUGUAUGUCCACAUGCUCAUUCGAGCGUGCCAGCAUGCUCAGGGCAUUGCCCAGCUCCACAAAAGGCAGCACUCCAUCUGCCAAGGCUUCUGCCUCAAGGGUGCCACCACCCUUACUAUCCUUCUGGGGAUUUUCUUCCUGUGCUGGGGCCCCUUCUUCCUGCAUCUCUUGCUCCUCGUCCUCUGCCCCCAGCACCCCACCUGCGGCUGCAUCUUCAAGAACUUCAACUUCUUCCUCAUCCUCAUCCUCCUCAGCUCCAUUGUAGACCCGCUCAUCUAUGCUUUUCGCAGCCAGGAGCUCCGAAUGACACUCAAGGAGGUGCUGCUGUGCUCCUGGUGAGCAGAGACGUGGCUUUCGGCCUCACGGCCAGGGCACUGGGCAGAGGGUGACAGUGAUAUCCAGUGGCCUACAUCCUGUGAGACCACAGGUGCUCAUCCCUUCCUGGUCUCCAUUUGACUAAGGGUGGACUGGAUGAACUUUAAAAUGGAAACACAAAGUGCCUGGGGCCAGGAGAAAGGGUAGCUGUGGCUGCAGGGGCAGCUACGGGAAGUGGAGGAGACAGGAUGGGGACUCUAGCCCUGAGCAAGGGUCAGACCAUAGGCUCCUGGAGAGCUUCACCUCUCCCCACUGACACAAGGCAACCCCUACUCAGCCCUUCAGGUCACUCUGCCUGGGUCCUCUACUGCUGGGACAGACAGGAAGUCUCAGUUAAAAGAAUGA